CGACAGGCGGCCAGUCAGUGCUGGUUUGCAGGAGCUGCAGUUCCACAGCGCAGGCUCUUACUGCAGGCACACAAGUACUGAAGACAUUUAGCUCACUGAAUGCAACAAUCUGCACGCCGGCAUUUUACUGUAUGAGUGGGGUUUCUAUCGCGCUGUGGUUAAUAAGUUAAUGAUAAGUUAGUGGUUCAGGGUUAGAGCGCUAACCCGAGCCAAACUAGACGGACAAAUCACACAGCGCUUCGCUGACAUUUUAAUCAACCGGUGUCGUGCUGACUCUCAGUCGGUAACAGUGGAGUUGGCGGUUUCCUGCAUUGAACGCACGCAGGAGGGGUUGAUGUGACAGUGUGUGGGGAACUGCAAGAUGCAGGAGCACUGAGGACGCACACUCUCGCCAUGGCGUGUCCCCCAUCCCCUUCCCCUGUUUAAGAGCACCAUCUGUCCAGCAUCUUGUCUCUGGGGCUUCAGAGUGGAGCCCCACACCUCAACCCACUCCAGUUUCAGUCUUGUGUGUUUGUAUGUGCAGAAAGUGUGUGCGAGUUGGGUUCUAGCUGCUUUUCUGAAGGAAGAUGUCUAUGGUAUUGCCCCUGGAUGGGGUGAGAGAGGUGGAGAGCGUGCUGGUUACUGAAACUCCUGCUGCCAGCCGCUGUAAAGGAACCUCAACCACACUGAGCAAAGACAACAACGUUGAGAACAAUGGCGCGGAGCCCGACGACAACCUCGCACAAGACACACAGAAACGCUGUCAAAAUCAUGGCCAUAGCAGGAAAAGAGCCAAGUCCAAUGCCAAGCUAAAGCUGGUGAGGAGUCUCGCGGUGUGUGAGGAGUCAUCAGGCAUGUUUUCUACUGAUGGACCUGUCGAGAGUCAGGAUAUUAUUCAGCUCCACAUCAGCUGUCCGUCAGACAAAGAGGAAGAGAAGUCUUCGAAAGAUGAGUAUGAGAGCGAGGAGAGGGAGAAGAAGGACAAGACUCCACACAAGAUGCUCUCGCGUGACUCCAGCCAGGAGUACACAGACUCCACAGGCAUCGAUGUGCACGAGUUCUUGGUGAACACACUGAAAAACAACCCCAGGGACAGAAUGAUGCUGCUGAAGUUGGAACAAGAUAUACUGGAGUUUAUUAAUGAUGAUAACAAUCAGUAUAAGAAGUUCCCCCAGAUGACCUCAUACCAUCGCAUGCUGCUACAUCGAGUCGCAGCUUACUUUGGCAUGGACCACAAUGUGGACCAAACCGGCAAAGCAGUCAUCAUCAAUAAGACGUGCAACACCCGCAUCCCUGAGCAAAGGUUUUCCGAGCACAUUAAAGAUGACCGAACCAUGGAUUUCCAGAAGAAGUUCAUCUUGAAGAGGGAUGAUGCAAGCAUGGACAAAGAUGACAACCAGAUUCGGGUUCCUCUGCAGGACGGCCGUCGUAGUAAGUCCAUCGAGGAGAGAGAGGAGGAGUAUCAGCGUGUCAGAGAUCGAAUCUUUGCUCGGGAAUCUUCUCAAAACGGAUACCUCAACGAGAACAGACUUUCCACUGAAGGCUACUCCUCUUCCUCCCAAAGGAGGAGGCAAAUCUUUAGGGGGAAUAAAGAGAGCUCGAGCCGGCCAUCGAGCAGUCGUCAAAGCAGCACUGACAGCGAUAUGAAGAGUCUGGAGCCGCGUCCAUGGAGCAGCACGGACUCUGAUAGCUCAAACCGCACACUCCGGCCUCCCGUUACCAAGGCCAGCAGCUUCAGCGGCAUCUCCAUCCUCACACGCGGAGAUAGUCUGGGUAGCAAAGGCUCACAGGGCAGUGCAAGGGGCUCACGCACAGGUCUUCCUCUUGUAACUACAGAGGCUUGCCCACAGCCACUUCAGCAGAGCCGCACUCUUCUGCCCUGUCCAUCCAGCUGCCCCUCCAAUGUUCCUCAGAGCCAGGCUCCACCACCACCACCUCCACAAACGGCUCUGCUGCCCACCCCUACUCACACUCACACGCACUCUCACCCACAGCACCCCAUCGGCAGCCAUAGCCAUAAUCACAUGCUGCCACAGGCUGAGGAGUUGACUCCAGGUUUUGGACAGAUGUCUUUGAGCCGUCAGGGCUCCAGCGAAGCUCCCGAGCCACCAGGACUCUAUCAGCCUCCACCUGCCGUGUUAUCCCAGCAUCCUCCGCCACAGCCAGGCUACAUUAUUGCCCCACCUCCGUCCAGCUAUCAGCCACCCACGGCCCAUCCGCACCCUCCUCCACCAGCUCCACCCCCAACUCAGCCUGUACUGCAGACAGCUCCACCUGCACAGGGCUACAUGCAGCCCCCUCCACCACCACAGCAGAUCCAGGUGCAGUAUUAUUCUGCUGGUGGACAGUAUCCAAGUUCAGGACAACAGUACAGGUCCAUGUCUCACCAGGUGUCAUACCCUGCUCAGCGCUCUCAGCCCAUGCCACCACAAGCACAGCCCACUGCUCCUCUCCAGCCCAUUAUGGCCAGUCAGCAGCCAGCAUACCAGGGAAUGAUGGGAGUUCAGCAACCACAGAGUGCCAGUAUCAUGAAUUCUCAACGUCCAGGCAUGAGUGGACAGAUACAAGGCAUGGUGGUACAGUACACACCAAUGCCCUCCUAUCAGGUGCCUGUAGCUAAUGAAACCCAGCCUGUGGUGCAGCAGCAGUACCAGCAGCCUGUCAUGGUGCCAGUUAGCCAGUCUGUACAGGGUGCAAUACCAGCUGCCCCACCCAUGCCAGUCUACUAUAGCGUCCUGACGCCAACACAACAGAACAGCACAAGUCCAUCUGUGGGCUACCUGCAGCCUCCCAGUUCAGAUCAGUACCAGAUGACUCAGUCCCCUUCCCCCUGCAGUCCUCAGCAGAUACAGCAGCAGUAUUCAGGAGUGCCAGCUCCUGGUCCAAGUGUUAUGGUGAUGCAAUUGAGUGUUCCAAAUGGGCCACAGCCUACCCAGAAUCCUCCCAUGGUGCAGUGGAAUCCCUGCAAGUAUUACAGUGUGGAACAGAGACCCAGCAAACCUGAGCCGCAGGUCAGCACUCAGCUGAGUAGUCCACUGGCAUCUCCUACUCAGUCACCCACUCCCACUCCAUCGAGUAGUGGAAACAAUGUGUGUCCUGGCCUCGGACCACUGCCUCUCAUUUCCCAGUUCCCACGGCCUGGCGGACCUACACAAGGAGAUGGGCGAUAUUCGUUACUGGGGCAGCCUCUGCAGUACAGCUUGUGUCCUCCAACCAUCAUGCACAACCAUAGUCAAUCUUCCUACAGCUCCCACCAGAGCUCAGGAGUGAUAAAGCAUGGAGCCCGAGGAAAGAAACAGACACUAAAAUCUGCCUCUACAGAUCUAGGCACUACUGACGUGGGUAUGGCCCACACACAAAGUAAAUUGGUGAGUCGUGUGCUGGAGGUUACAGACCUGCCUGAGGGCAUCUCUCGCCCAGAGGCCGAGAAGCUCUUCAACCAGCUCUCAAUGUGUGGGGCCAAGAUCCAGUGGCUGAAGGAGCCGCAGGCAUCCCGGGGAACUGGCACUACCCCAGCACAUGGAGCUGGAGGGGGCGGGGCAGUAGGAAAGGGUGACCCCCACGACCCAGCACACCUCUACACCGUGGUGGCAGUGUUCCCCAACACCAUGGCUGCACAGAGCGCUUCCUUUAAGCUCAACAACAGUGGAGGGAGUCUGUUCAAACUGCGCGCUGCCAAAAAGAACUAUGACCUGCGCGUACUAGAGAGAGCUAGCUCACAGUGAGGAAAGAGGGAGGGGGGAGAGAAGAGUGGGGUGGAAGAUUGGAGAGAAAAGAGAGAUCAUACUGAUUUUCUCAGUCUUUGUUUUUUGUAUCAUUACGCAAAGAGGACAUAACACAUGUAAGCAUGUGCACCUCUGUUGUACCUCUGUAUAUAUAAUUCCUUAUGUACACACAGAGGCGCACAUACUUGCGCACGCACACAGCCAUGCACUGGACAGAGGGUGUUGGACAGGCUCCUCCCCAUCUUUUUCUGUCUCUCUUCAUUUUUCAUCCUGUCUCUCCUUCAGUCAUCAUAGGCCUCUCUCUCUCUUUUUCUUCCCCCCCUUGUCUGUUUUUUCUGCACUUUCAAGAUGGCUUUCUCUCUCUCUCUCUCGCUUUCCGUUUGCCUUAAUGCUGUUGUGGACUUCUGUAUUGCGCUGUUCUUUCUCAUAUUUUCUCUCUCUCUCUCUCUCUCUCUCUUUUUCUCUCUCUCUCACAGAUGAAAUAUUGAAAUAUUGUUCCUCUUUUGUUCGAUAUAUUUAUAUAAGUGAUGUAAGGAUUAUAAGAAAUCUAUAUAUUCAGUGACACCCCCCACCCCUCAGUGGAUAAGUUAAAGUUCCUUUACAACCUGUUCCCAUCCAUGUCUUUCCUCCCUUUUCCUUAUUUCCCCCACACUUCCUCAUCCCUUCCUCCUUCAUCUUUGUGUUUUGCAUCUUUUUUUUUUGUGACAGCUGUGCAGAAAGUUAUCUGAGGUAUUUAAGUGCACAAAGAUUGCAAAUGUCUACUGUAAAUUCCAUUAA